AUGAAGUUGGAAGCAUUGGUUAAUGAUCUAAGGCGUAAUGAAGUAUUUGGGACCAUAAGAGCAAUUGUAUACACAAUUAAAUUCCAAAAGCGUGGAUUGCAUCAUGCUCAUAUUUUGCUCUGUUUGGACUCAAAGGACAAAAAUUUUGAUGGCGAUGACAUUAAUAAUAUCAUCUCUACUGAAAUACCAAAUCAACAAACAGAUCCUAAAUACUACAGUGCAGUAUGUGAUUUUAUGGUUCAUGGACCAUGUGGUAUUGUGAGACUUAACUCUCCGUGCAUGUUUAACGGACGUUGCUCUAAGAGUUUUCCAAAGAAGUUUGUAGAUGUUACAUCUGUUGGUGAAGAUGGGUAUUCGAUAUUUAGGCGUAGAGACAACGGUAGGACAGUCAUGAAGGCUGGUGUUGAACUUGACAACAGAUAUGUGGUUCCAGACAACUGUUACCUCUUGCUUAAGUACGGUGCUCAUAUAAAUGUUGAGUGGUAUAACCAAUCUCGAUCUAUCAAAUAUCUAUUCAAGUACGUAAACAAAGGCAACGAUCGAGUUACAGCUUCUUUUUAUCAAAGUGCUACAGAUAAACAAUAUGGGACAACUAUUGAUGAGGUCAAAAUGUAUUACGAUUGUAGAUAUGUAUCGCCUUGCGAAGCUUCUUGGAGGAUAUUAGGUUUUGAAAUACAAUACAUAUAUCCUCAUGUAGAGCGCUUGAGUUUUCACAUGCCAAAUGAACAAAGCAUUUAUUUUGAUGAGAAUGCUCCAAUCGAUGUCAUUGUAGAACGACAUACGGUAAAACAUAGCAUGUUUCUGGCUUGGCUUGAGGCAAACAAAAAAUACCCUGAGGCAAAGCAACUAACUUAUGCAGAGAUGCCAACAAAGUUCGUUUGGAAACAAGCAACAAGAGAAUUUGUUCCAAGACAACGAGGAUUUUCAAUUGGUAGAGUUUUAUAUGUUCCUCCUGGAAGUGGUGAGAUCUUUGACAGUGCUUGCAAAUCAUAUUCAAAUGUUGAUUUACUAGUUGAUGUGCACACGCCUGAAUUUUUGAAUGGGAUCAAGUGUUCUGGUGUGCCUAAUCAUGAACUCAGGUUGAAAUGUAAAAGGGAAUGCUUCAUCCAAAAGAUUAAAGAUGAAGAAGGCGAAGGGUGCAACAUCCAUGGAUCUCUAGAGGUCAAUAAGGUUGCUGGAAAUUUUCAUUUUUCUCCUGGCAAAAGUUUUCAUCACUCAAAUGUUUAG